AUAAAAAACUUGUCGAAUCUAAUAAACUUCAAGUUCACAAAACUGGGGGAGUUGAGCUCUUGAGCUGCUGCAGAUGCACUUAGGUUUCAUUUUGGGCAAAUUUUGAGAGACCCCCAAAAUAAAUUAAGGCCUCAAUGUCCUGGGCUGCUCCUCCUGAGGAGGAUAUCCAUCUUUCUACUUCUCUUGCUAGUUAUCUUGACAAGAAACUUCUUAUCUUGUUGCGAGAUGGUCGAAAACUGUUGGGCAUACUUCGUUCUUUUGAUCAAUUUGCCAAUGCCGUUCUUGAAGGUGCGUGUGAACGAGUUAUUGUUGGUGAGAUAUAUUGUGACAUUCCCUUAGGUCUCUAUGUGAUUCGAGGGGAGAAUGUUGUUUUAAUCGGUGAACUGGACUUGGAGAAAGAGGAAAUUCCCCAACACAUGACCCGUGUUCCACCUGAAGAGAUAAAAAGGGCGCAAAAGGCAGAACGGGAAGCUUCAGACCUAAAGGGGAGCAUGAGACAGAGAAUGGAGUUUCUUGAUAUGGACUGAUUUGAAAUUUGGUGACACCGGCUUUGCACAUGCAUUAGUCUCGCAGCAUGUCUUCCGCAAAUAUUAUCGCGGAUGAGUGUUUGGAGAUCAACUGCGAUGGGAAUAUCACUUUGAUUAUGUGUCUUUAUACAAUGCAUAGUUUCCUGUAACUUAAAGUUUAUCUACCAAGGUAGGUUGACGAUGGUGUUUAAUUUAUUUCUGUUGUUUCAUUUUCAUAUAUCUGCAGCAUAGGAGUAAAGUUGGAAUUUCCUGAUGAACUAGAUCUUAGGAUAUAACUAUAUUCCUGAAUGUUUCAAGUCACAGAGGGUUAUUUUCCCCCCUCGCAUUUGGUCAUGGUUGGAUUAGAAGUGUAACGAAGUUAUUUGUUAGUGUAA